CGUUGGAUGACAACCGCGGAUAAACCCCACCGAAGAAGAAGCUUUGUGACAACCAUUUUCCCUCGUGGACGAAGCAAUACUAACGGAAUAACCAAUUUAUCGACUGAAACAUGUCUAAACUACAGUCGUUUCGUGUGUUUUUACAUGAGCGUUUAACUGCGGCAGCUGUGGAGAUUUUUGGGGCAGUUGAAGAAACAGUAGCGGAGUACCACGAUGAGAAUGAUCGGCUACGGAGACUGCUGCGGAUCACACCGGAGAUAAAACUAUGUAGAAUAGACUCCCUGCAGGUCUCUCUCGCUGUCUCUGAAGAGGAGGUUCUCCCUGAGCAGCAGCACUGUGAGCAGGAGUGGAGCCCCAGUCUGGGGCAGGAGAACCCAGAGCUUCCACAGAUUAAAGAGGAACAGGAGGAACUCAGGACCAGUCAGGAAGAAGAGCAGCUUCAAGGGCUGGAGGCUGAUGUCAAAUUCACUCCUUCUUGUGUGAAAAGUGAAUGUGAUCAGGAGGACCCACUUCAGUCCAUGACUCUUCCCCAAACCCAGACUGUGGAGAACAGAGAGAGUGACCCUAAACAAGUGGAUCUCACACCUUUUGUUACUGUGACCCACCUUAAGGGUCUCUACAUUCCCUGUGACCCUCCAGAUAAUCAGAACAAUGUCAGCCAAUGCUCAGCCGUAAGCAGAAACCCAGUAGGACUUGACAGCAGCCCACCAUUGGAUCCCAGCUCAUCAUUGAAUCCAAACCCAUCAGUGGUGGAGCACUGUUUCAAACCCAGCACCACGUCUAUAAAAACUCACCACUGCCGUGACUGUGGCGAAAUGUUUGCUCUGAAAGUUGACCUGCAGAGGCAUGUGACUCUCUCCAAGAAGAGACUCAGUGAAUGCCGCUUCUGCAGAAAACGCUACAACUCCACCUGUAAACUAAAGGCCCAUGUCCGACUCUGUCACAGUGGGAAACCCUACACCUGCCCUGUUUGUAGCAAGACCUUCAAAGGAGAUCUGUCCAAGCACAUGAGGAUUCACACAGGGGAGAAACCAUUUAGCUGUGGAGACUGUGGGAAAAGCUUCACUCAGAAGGGGAGCCUAAAUUACCAUAAACGGAUUCACACAGGAGUGAAACCAUUUAGCUGUGAUGACUGUGGGAAAAGCUUCACUCAGAAGGGGAGCCUAAGAAACCAUAAACUGACUCACACAGGAGCGAAACCAUUUAGCUGUGAUGACUGUGGGAAAAGCUUCACUCAGAAGUGGAACCUAAGAAACCAUAAACUGACUCACACAGGAGAGAAACCAUUUAGCUGUGAUGACUGUGGGAAAAGCUUCUAUCAGAAGGGGAGCCUAAGAAACCAUAAACGGACUCACACAGGAGAGAAACCAGGAGAGAACCCACUUAGCUGUGUUGACUUUGGGAAAAGCUUCACUCAAAAGUCUAACUUACUGACACGUGAAAAAACAUCCACAAAGGAAGAAAAAUAAGAAAAAUUAAGACAAAUGUCUUUAGUCAGAAGAUGAAAAUAAAAAGGCAGAAUGUGAGUACACUCUCAGACACAAUAGCUGGCAUUAUCAAGUGCUUGUCAAAUUGGGAAUGAGAGACUAAUGAAGAGUGUACAGCCUGCACAAGAAACAAAGCAGAGCUCAUGUCUUUCAAAUCAUCAUUAGAGUCACAUCAUGCAGCCUUACAAUGUAUUAACAAUCCAAACAUAUAGCCCAACGUUUGUAGAACAGCUAAAGUUACAUGAACUCUAAAUUUAGCGCGUAGGAUUAGCUAUUUCUUUAACUGCUCAAAACGGAAUUGCCACAUGUCCUCAAAUCGCUUGAACAAAAUAUUUAUAUUUUACUCAGCUUUGUUCAAUUGUAUUCUUCACACUAUUAAAUAAUGCCACAGAAUUCUAAGCAAAUAUUGUCUGCUGAAUGAGCUAAUGUAGCCCACAAAGUAUGCUAUUCUGUUCUUCUGAAAUAUACAUUUUCUUCAUAUCAUGCUUCUUUAGACCUGUCUAAAAUAAUGCAUUUAUUGUGAUGGUGUAUCUAAGUUACAUGGAUUUAUUAGACUUUUAGAUGUAGAUGUUCCAAAUGUCUGCAUCAUCUGUGAAAGCCAAGAGAUGCUAAAUGUGUUUACGUUAAUUAACGGUCAAUUACCGUGAGACCAACAGUUAUUUGCUUGACAAUCACUGGCUGACGAAAUUUCGGUACCGCCACAGCCCCAAUCUGGGACCAAUACCUCCAAGAACAUCCAGGGGAGCGUCAGGGGACCAUGACACAUUGUUGCAAGAACAUCCUAAAGAUGUCCUGGGAACUUGACAAAACCUCCAGGGGGCCAUGAUGCAACGUCCUAAUAAAGUCUUCCAGGACAAACCGGGAACAAGAAAAUGUUCCCCCUGAUAAUGUUCCCAUGGUACCAUCACACAUUGUCCUGAGGACUAUUAAAAUGAAUGUCCUAAAAAGGUCUUGACAUGGUCCUCAGAGGUGUCCUAGGAACUUAGAGAACAUUCCCUUGGGACCAUAACGGAUGUUCUAAGAACAAUUAAAAUGAACGUCCUGAGAACAUGCUGAAAGGGUCCUGAAAUGGUUCUCUGUGACGUCUUGAGAACAUGCUGAAAGGGUCCUGAAAUGGUUCUCUGUGACGUCCUGAGAACAUGCAGAAAUUGUCCUGAAAUGGUUCUCUGUGACGUCCUGAGAACAUGCUAAAAGGGUCCUGAAAUGGUUCUCUGUGACGUCCUGGGAACCUACAAGACAGAGGUCCCCCAGAGAGUGUUCAGCUGUUCAGCUAAAAUGGAUGCGCAGGACUCAGGAGGAAUGUUUGUAAAUGAAUUUGAUUGAGCUAUGUAGCCUAUUGAUUCCUUCUUGAUGAAUAAAUAAAACUAAAUGUGUUGUUUCUCUGUAA